AUGGCAGAAGAUGCGGAUACGAUCGUUGAUGUACACUAUCAAGGGCUGUUUACACCUACCCCAUUGAUUUAUUUUAAUGGAGUAAAAGCCUCGGUACCUCAGAAGGUUGUGAAGAAGAUGAACUUCGGUGAUUUCAUCCCCUUUCUUGAAAAGCUUACUAACGGAAGAUGUAGCGAUGUGUAUUACUGUCCACAUGAAGUGAGGUUGUCGGAGGGAUUACAUGCUAUUCAGACGAAUGACUGCGAUUUUAACGAGUUUCUUGAAGAUAUGAAUGAAAAGAAGAGAUUAGAUGUGUAUGUGGAUCAUCAUCAUGAACCUUUGUUUGAUUGGAUUCAGGAGGAAGAAGCAGAAAUUGAAGAUGAAGAUUUGUUUUCUAUUGAUGAUGUCGACUCCAUUUUAGAAGAUGGUCUGAAAGCUCAACAUGUAGAGGACGAUGAAGUUAUAUCUCUCAAAAGAAAUUUCAAUGAUCCAUUCCUCAACAAACUUUGUCUAAUACAGAAUGAUGACUUGGUUGAAGAAGAUCAUAAUGCAAUACGACCUAUCUACCCAAGACAUGAUCAUACUCAAGAAUGGAAUCAGAUGAAGCCUCGAUUAGGUAUGACAUACUCUACUACUGCUAAACUUAAAUACUCUCUUAGUUGCUAUGCAGUAGUAAAUGGUUAUGAUCUGUGGUAUGAAAAGAAUGACAAGACUAGGUUGCUAGUUAGGUGUUGUAAAGGAAAGCAUCCCACAUGCCCUUUUAGAUUGUAUGCUUCCUGGAUGAAAGAGGAACACACUUUUCAGAUUAAGUCUCUUAUAACAGAGCACAAGUGUUCUAGGGCAUUCAAACUUGGUUCAAUUGUAACAUAUAAGUGGAUAGGAAAACAAUUUGUGAAUGAUGUUUUGGAGAGUCCUAAACUAAGUUUGAGGAAAAUGAAAGCACUAGUAUCUAAGAGAUACAACAUUAAUGUGAGUGUUGGGCAGUGUAGGAAUGCAAAAAAGUUAGCAUUGUCUGAAGUUGAGGGAAGUUUGAAAGAACAUUAUGCCAAAUUAUGGGAUUAUGCAGCUGAAAUCAGAAGGGCUAAUCCAGGUUCACAUGUUGAGGUGUUCUUGGAGCCACAACCUGAUAAUACUGUGGUGUUUGAUAGGUUUUAUGUUAGCUUUAAAGAUGUUGUAGAUGGGUGGUUAGAUGGAUGCAGAAAGGUAAUUGGGGUUGAUGGUUGCUUUCUUAAGGGUGUUUGUAGAGGGGAGCUCCUAUCAGUAGUGGGUAGAGAUGCUAAUAAUAACAUCUAUCCCUUAUCUUGGGCAGUAGUCAAUGUUGAGAACAAAAGGACAUGGAAAUGGUUUUUGGACAACCUGAUGGAAGACAUUGGAGGGGGGAAUGGUCAUGGCAUUACAAUCCUCUCAGAUGGCCACAAGGGAUUAUUUGAAGCUGUGAAGGAAGGACUUCCUGAUGUGGAGCAUAGAUUAUCUCCAACCACAGCAUGUCCCAGUCAUUCAACUCCAGAUUCAAGCACAGCAGGGCCAAGUCAUGUGAAGAAGGCUCCUGUGAAGAAGGUUCUUGUGAAGAAGGGUCCUGUGAAGAGAAGUCCUAUGAAGAAGGUUCCUUUGAAUGAUGCUGGUAGGGUGAGAAAGUUUUCAGAAAGAAUCACAGAAAUUUGUAUUCAAAAAAAUGUUAAAGUCAAUGAUGGAACUGGAUGCAGCCAAGACAAACCUGUGACCUUAGAGUAA